UGUCCGGGUCCAGUCCCUAUCACUGCUCUCGGAAUUCUGCACGUCUUUCGACCGAGCAGAUUUUGAACCUGGAGAAGAGCACCCCGACUGGGUUUCCGGGUCCUAUUGGGGCCGCUGAGCGUGACAGUGCUAAGCCCGGUACUCCCCGGCGCCGUAUGCGUUUAACUAUUAGCAUUUGCGCGCCAAUGGUCCCGGUGGCCUUCACGUUGGAUAUGCACUGUAGGGCAUAACCAAAUUUUUACAUAAAAGGGAUAGUCUCAGAGCCUCCGAGGUGAGCGGCGUCCCCAGGCUCUUCGAAUAUCCAGCGAGGCGAGUUGGAGAAGUGCAUGAGUCACGGGAGGGCGCGUCUAGAACCACCCUGGAUUGCGUCUGUCGCAACUGUGAGGCAAGUUGCACACUCGGAAAGAUGUCCGAACCGAGAAACCGUCGCUUUGUGUGUCGCAUGCGGUCGCAUGACCACUGACACCGUAGCUACGGUAUCAACGUUGUAUCAACGUAUCAGUCGUAUUGUCUGUUGUUUUACUGUGACAACGUCGUGACCUCUAUCGGCUUUUCCUCUCCCUCUCGUCGCCGUCCGUUCGUCGAGCCCGACGCCCACGUUCUUUCCCUUCGAAGCAGCAGCAGCCGAAAAGACAUCUUAUUCAGCAACUUUAAUUUGCAGAAUAGUCCCAGUCUGCGCACUCACUUGGGGCUGUUCAUCUUCCCAACACCCACUUCGUACAUAACUCCACUAUGGGCCUCGAACACAUCCACAUCGGCCGUCCUGGUGCUCCCUACCACCCGGCGAAGCCGCUCACUCCCAAGGUCAAGCGGGACAGCACUACUCCUGAUCCCAGUUGUGCGACCGGCGCGUUCUACACGUCUCCCACUCUAGGAGCUACCGUGGACGCUAUGUCUCCCCUCAACAUCGUCUGGAACACUGGAUUAGAUUGCUUGCAGCCGGCUCCCUCCUCUGUGGACAUCUACCUCUAUGCCCCAGGAUCUGCAACCUCCCGCAUGCACAUGUGGCAGGGCGUGUCUUACGCUUCCGGCAACUAUUCUGCGACUCUCAUGCCUCGCUGGUGGAACUCGACCUCGAGCGCCACUUUGCAGCUCAUGAUCGUAUCCUCAGGCACACCUCCUUUCCUGAGCACCUUGCCUUCCGGCCCUGUCAUCCAAGCGACGUACACUCCCUCCUCGAACGGCACGACCCCUGACGCCGCCAACACCGCGGUGCAUGGAUCGCCCACAACCAUUGUUGGCGCCGUCGCCGGCGCCGUCUCUGGUGUUAGCUCUCACACCCUCUCUCCCGGCAAGAAGGCGGCCGCGGUCAUCUUGCCGCUUCUGUUCUGCAUGCUCAUUGGUGCGACGUAUCUGAAGCUGUCUCGUGCUCGCGGUAAGGCCAAGCGGGCCGAGUGGUCGGAGAAGAUCGACAAACGGAUGUCCACCAUCUCGACGGACUGGAAGAGCAUUACUGCGGGGGGCGCCAAAGAGGCUGUCCGGCAUUCUAUCGCAAUUGGCCGCAACUCGUCUGCGUUCAGUGUCGGAUCCGUUCGGCCGAGCAACGUCGAAGGCGAACCCGUGUUCAUGGGCGAGCAGCCUGUGGGCCGAGGAAGCAUUGACAUCGACGAGAAGGACACCCCUCGGACUUCGCUGGGAAGUGGGAUCGGUGUUGGUGUUGGAGCCCGUCGCCCGAAGACAAGUGGUGCUCCCCCCGAUCGAGGCUCGCGGGCCGUUUCCUUUGCGGAAACGGCGCCGCCGCGUCCUUCUAUCUCAUCCAACGGACCUCGGACCUCGGCCUACUCGCGCACUUCGCGUGCUUUCCACACGGCGUCAACCUACGCGGACUGGGAGAAUGAAGGUGACGGAAUGGCGCCCCCGGUUCCGGCUUUGCCGACACCCCCGUCUCCGUCAAUGGCUGGUGUAUAUGGUUCUCCUGCUCCUCGGCCCAGUGUGGACAGCUCUCGUAGCGUUGGCUCUGGUCGUCGCACCGGGAACUCGCUGCGGGGGAGCAAUUACAGCGCGAACCGCACGACUGGCUUUUACUCCAACUCUUCUCACGAUGAUCCUACGCCUGCUCUGCCUGCCAACACUGUCUUCAGCAACCCUGGUGCUUGGACCAGCGGCGAACGUGUUCCCGCACCCGUAUUUGAUGGACAGGUUUCUCCGACCGGCCGAGUGCACAAUGUGAACUAUCCGAGCACCCUCGGCCUCAACUCGUAUGAACAAGCGUAUGGUGACGAGCAGAACAGCUACUUCAGUCCCGCGACCCCGACUCCUCAAAGCGGGUUCGUUGUCGAGCCUACUGCUGACAGUGCCUAUGGAUCGACCACUUACGGCGAAUUUUCCUCUCCGGACAUGACGACCAGUCCCAGACAGACUGCCGGCCCACUUACUCUUACCCCCGAUGAUAUCCGCCGUCGUAUGACUCUGCGCAAUGCUGAGCAAGGCCAAUGGCGCCAGAGCGUCGAAGAGGUGUUUGGUGCUCUUAGCAUGAUGCGCACGGGCGAAAACGGGGAAGAUGAGGCUGGAGAAUAUCUCUUUGCGCCGGAGACGGUCUUUGCUUAUCCUGGAACGCCUGCUCCUGCCAGCGGCUUCAAUGGUGCGUUGAUCAUGUUGCUCUGAUGGUCGAAUCUGACACAAUUUGGAUUGCCAGGCCCGUCUCCGUCGCCUGCUCC